UCUGUAAUAGCUCAAAAUAAACACAAAGCAUGGCGGCAUUUUUGGAUUGAAAAACAUUUUCACGAUUAUUUUCGGUAAACGCUUUGUUGGAUGUAUUAUAGCAAUCAAUAUGUCAUGGUCUGAUACUUUGAGAAGAUAUGUGGAAAGGAAAAAGAAAGAUAAAGCUGAGGGGAAAGUUGAAGAUUGUGAAAUUGAAGCAAACUUAACAGAAACAGAACUAUUUACGAAGUAUUAUGCAGAAUGGAAAGACCAGUCAAAAGCCAGUGAUGCAACAUUCAAUACGAUACCUAAGUUCUAUUAUAAGCUACCAUCAGAAGACGAAGUCCUGCAGCAAAAACUAAGAGAGGAAUCAAGAGCUGUGUUCUUACAGCGAAAGAGUAGAGAAUUAUUAGAUAAUGAUGAGUUACAGAAUCUGUGGUUCUUAUUAGAUAAACAUCACACUCCACCAGUUGUUGCARAUGAGCAGAUGAUAAAUUAUGAAGAUUUCCUUAAAGUAGCCUCUCAAGCUAGUUCUAAAUGCAGGCCUUUCUUUACAGCCACUGUUUUUAGUAAACUUUAUCAAAAAGAUCCAUUUGGAAGGAUUUCAAUAAUGCAGUUUUUCAAUUACGUAAUGAGAAAAGUUUGGCUUCACCAAACAAGAAUUGGAUUAAGUCURUAUGAUGUUGCUGGACAAGGUUACCUUAAAGAGUCUGAUUUAGAAAAUUAUAUAUUGGAACUGAUACCUACUUUACCUCAGCUUGAUGGGUUAGAGAAGUCGUUCUACUCAUUUUAUGUCUGCACAGCAGUCAGGAAAUUCUUCUUCUUUCUUGAUCCUCUUAGAACUGGAAAAAUAAAGAUACAAGACAUUCUUGCAUGCAGCUUUUUGGAUGAUCUUCUUGAGCUUCGAGAUGAAGAUCUAUCCAAGGAGCAGCAAGAUGCAAAUUGGUUUUCUGCACCUUCAGCACUCAGAGUAUAUGGUCAAUAUCUCAACUUGGAUACUGAUCACAAUGGAAUGCUAAGUAAGGAAGAAYUGGCAAGGUAUGGAUCUGGAACAUUAACUAAAGUCUUCAUAGACAGAGUAUUCCAGGAAUGCCUAACUUAUGAUGGUGAAAUGGACUAUAAGACAUAUCUGGACUUUGUUCUCGCUUUAGAAAACAGAAAAGAACCACAGGCACUUCAGUAUUUAUUCAGGAUACUUGAUGUUCAAGGGGUUGGCUACUUGAACAUCUUUGCUUUCAACUUCUUCUUUAGAGCCAUACAAGAAGACAUGGUUAAACAUGGUCAUGAACCUGUUAAAUUUCUUGAUAUAAAGGAUGAAAUCUUUGACAUGGUAAAACCAAAAGACCCAUACAGAAUUACUUUACAAGAUCUUCUUAACAGCUCACAAGGUGAAACAGUAACCAGUAUAUUAAUAGAUCUGAAUGGUUUCUGGACAUAUGAAAACAGAGAACUUUUGGUACAAGAACCCAGUGUUGAUGAGUAGCAUGAAAAUGUAUCAAAGGUUUUAUUGACCAAAAGCRUUUUGUGAAUUUUCAUUAUAUCAUUAUGUUGGAUUACAUGUAGCUGUAGAGAACUAAAACUAUGUAAAUAUUGCAGCUGUAAAUGUGUACAUUGAAGGAUUUGAAAUAAAACUUUGUUCAAUA